AUGGGUUUGGUUUGGUUUGGUUUGGAUUGGGAAAGGCAGUGGGGCCAAACAGUGGCUUGGGAGUUAGUUACAGCUGGGGUUGAGCAAAUGCGCAUAAUUGUGGACAGGACAGAUUGUAUCACAUUCACAAUCACACACAUGCCCAAUAAUUCUCCAUCUAGAGGCAUCUACGUCUCCACCUACAUUUUACCACAUUGGAAAAUGCUCUUUCUUGAUCCAAUCUUGCUUCUGCCUAAGUUCGUUAAUCUAUUCGGUAUUGAUUCGGAAACUCUGUAUAAAAAUUUUAGUACAGAUAGCCAGGUAGGUGAAGCAUUGAAGAAAAUGAAUGAAGAGCCAUAG